CAUGAACUAAAACCCCAAUCGGCGCUCUUUCGUCCAUAAAGUAAAACCCUCUCCGUUUUCUCUACCAUUCUUGGACCCGAGUGGAGUCACAAGCAAAAGAAGCAGUAACAAUGUCGAUGUCGAAGAGUUCGAAGAUGCUCCAGUACAUCAACUACAGGAUGCGGGUCACAAUCCAGGACGGGCGGCAGCUGGUGGGGAAGUUCAUGGCCUUCGACCGCCACAUGAAUCUCGUACUCGGCGACUGCGAGGAGUUCCGCAAGCUUCCCCCGGCCAAAGGCAAGAAGCCCAGCAACGAGGAGCGCGAGGACCGCCGCACACUCGGCCUCGUCCUCCUCCGCGGAGAAGAGGUCAUUUCCAUGACCGUGGAGGGCCCACCACCUCCCGAGGAGUCCCGCGCCAAGGCUGUCAGCGCUGCUGCCCUGGCGGGACCCGGGAUAGGCCGCGCUGCUGGAAGAGGGGUUUCUACGGCGCCGCUCAUUCAGGCACAGCCUGGCCUAGCUGGGCCCGUCCGCGGCGUGGGUGGGCCUGCACCAGGUAUGAUGCAGCCACAACAGAUGGCGCGCCCGCAGCUUUCGGCUCCGCCCAUGACGUACCCGACUCCGCCAGUGAUCCGGCCGCCUUCCCAGAUGCCGCCACCUCCGUAUCCAGGGCAGGGGCAGGCUCCUCCACCGCCUAUGGUGCGGGGACCUCCACCCCCUGGGCAGUUUGGCGGGAGGCCGGGUGGGGGGAUGCCGCAGCCGUUCCCUAUGCAGUUUGCGCAGAGGCCAAUGGGGCCACCACCGCCGGGUCAGAUGAUGAGAGGACCUCCGCCACCGCCUCGCCCUGGGAUGCCCCCGCCACCGCCUGGUGGUGCUGUUCCCGUUUUCGGGCCUCCCCGUCCGGGCAUGCCGCCUCCGCCAAACCCUCAAAAUCAUCAGCAGCAGCAACAGUGAGGGAUUAGCAGGGUACAGUACAUGCUGUGGAGGUUUUCAUUUGGAUCUGUCUUUUGCAGCCGUUAUAUCCAGUUUCAAAUUUGCUAGUGGUUUGGACUAGGGCGAAUCUCUCUUUUCGAAUACCUUCAGAUUUUGUUUAUGUUAGCUUAUGAUGUUGACACAGUCUGGCCUCUAUGUUCGACAUUAGACAAAUAUCAUGUAUUUUGUUAGUGCACAUUGUCAGCUGAAUUCAAAUGCAAGACAAUUUCAUGACUGGGUAUAUAUUAGAUCUUUUGACC